UGCGGCCACCAUGGGGCUCUUGUCCAAGUUCGGCGCGCGCCAGGGCAGCGACGUCUCUUCGGGCCGAGCCGGCCGCUGUCGCGGUUCUAUCUUUUGCAACAUCAAGGUGUUCGUGCUCUGCCAUGGGAUCCUGCAGCUCUGCCAGCUGCUGUACAGUGCCUACUUCAAGAGCAGCCUCACCACCAUUGAGAAGCGUUUUGGCCUCUCCAGUUCUUCCUCGGGUCUCAUUUCCAGUUUGAAUGAGAUCAGUAAUGCCAUCCUCAUCAUCUUCGUCAGCUACUUUGGCAGCCGGGUGCACCGCCCUAGGCUGAUUGGCAUUGGAGGUCUCCUCCUGGCUUUGGGUGCCUUUGUCCUCACCCUCCCACACUUUCUCUCGGAGCCUUACCAGUAUACCCUGGCCAGCGUGGGAAAUAGCAGCCACUUACAAGCUGAGCUCUGUCAAAAGCAUUGGCAGGACCCACCCCCUAGUAGGUGCCACAGCACUAGCCAGGACUCCCGGAAGGAGACCAGCAGCAUGUGGGGCCUGAUGGUGGUCGCUCAGCUGCUGGCCGGCAUCGGGACAGUGCCCAUUCAGCCCUUCGGGAUAUCCUAUGUGGAUGACUUCUCGGAGCCCAACAACUCACCCCUGUACAUCUCCAUCCUAUUUGCCAUUUCUGUAUUUGGACCGGCUUUUGGGUACCUGCUGGGCUCUGUCAUGCUGCAGAUCUUUGUGGACUUCGGCAGGGUGGACACAGCUGCAGUUAACUUGAGCCCCAGAGAUGCCCGAUGGAUUGGAGCCUGGUGGCUGGGCCUGCUCAUUUCCUCCGCCUCCUUGGUUCUCAGCUCUUUCCCCUUUUUUUUCUUUCCUCGAACAAUGCCCAGAGGAGCAGAGCGAUCUCCUGCCAUAGUGGAUGAGACAAGGAAGAUGGAUGACGUCAAGCCAAGAAGCUCCCUGGUGGAUUUCAUUAAACGGUUUCCCCGCAUCUUCCUAAGGCUCCUGAUGAACCCACUCUUCAUGCUGGUGGUCCUGAGCCAGUGCACCUUCUCCUCCGUCAUUGCCGGCCUCUCCACAUUCCUCAAUAAGUUCCUGGAGAAGCAGUAUGGCGCCUCCGCGGCCUAUGCUAACUUCCUCAUCGGUGCUGUGAACCUGCCUGCUGCGGCCUUGGGGAUGCUGUUCGGCGGAAUCCUCAUGAAGCGUUUUGUUUUCUCUCUGCAAACCAUCCCCCGAGUGGCUGCCACCAUAAUCACCAUCUCCAUGAUCCUCUGUACCCCUCUCUUCUUCAUGGGAUGCUCCACCCCCACUGUGGCAGAGGUUUAUCCCCCCAGCACAUCAAGUUCUAUACAUCCGCAGCCUCCUGCCUGCCGCCUGAACUGCUCAUGCACCGAUGCCAUCUUCCACCCGGUCUGUGGAGACAAUGGGAUAGAGUACCUCUCCCCUUGCCAUGCUGGCUGCAGCAACAUCAACAAGAGCACUGAAGAUUCCAAGCAACUGACCUAUUUGCACUGCAGCUGCGUGACAGGAGGAUCAGCUUCAGCAAAAACAGGACCAUGCCCCAUCUCGUGUGCCCACUCCCUGCUUCCAGCCAUCUUCCUCAUCUCCUUCGUGUCCCUCAUAGCCUGCAUCUCCCACAACCCCCUCUACAUGAUGGUUCUGCGUGUAGUAAACCAGGAAGAAAAGUCAUUUGCUAUUGGGGUACAGUUCUUGCUGAUGCGCCUUCUGGCCUGGCUGCCAUCUCCUGCCCUGUAUGGCCUCACCAUUGACUCCGCCUGCAUCCGGUGGAACGCGCAGUGCUCAGGGAGGCGAGGAGCCUGUGCCUACUAUGACAAUGACAGUCUCCGAGAUAGGUACCUGGGCCUGCAGAUGGGUUACAAGGCACUGGGCACACUGCUGCUCUUCUUCACCAGCUGGCGGGUUAAGAAGAACAAGGAGUACAACGUGCAGGACAAGGCUGCUGGCCUCAUCUGACGCUUGACCCUGAGCCGGGCCACUACCUUGCUCAGAGAGUGGACCCUGCCCACUCUCAUAUGCCUGUAGUUACUAAUGUUAAUACAGCAUUUCCUUUUCGUUUUUUAAAUAAGAAAGAAAACCCCAUCACCAUUUGCCUUCCCUGCCUCCUCCUCCUCCCAAAGGCCCCCCGAGGGUCGCAGAGGACCGCCAUGCACCUUGGCUGGGUGGGCACAGAGCUGGAGGACCAGGUCUCUCCUGGCUCCUUAGGAGGAGUCCCCACAUGCUCAGGCUCCCCUCAAUACUGGGUCCUCCAGCAAGGAUGCCCACUGAGGCAGCCCCUGCCCCUCACCAGCUCUGUGGGGGAUGGUUUACUAAGUGGAAAGGGAAAGGGGUUUCUGCCCAGAGGAGAAAGGGAGUGGGCUAACCAGACCCAGGCAAGGGAGGGGGGCCUGGCUGUCGUCCCCUUUGCCUCUAGGUUUGGCAUCAGUACAGAGCCCAGGAGGGGCUGGUUCCCUUCCCGUCAGAUCCUCGCCUCCCGCCUGGAAGCAGCUGUGUUAGGAAGUAUAGCCAGAUGGCCUCGCUCAGUUCCCCACCCUUCAGCACCAGAACAGGGACUAAGACACCCUGAAGAUGGAGCCUCCACAUGCUGUUCGUGUUAACUCUAGACCCUUCUGUAUGUUGGUCUGUGCAUGUUUGUCCACGUGGGAGUACAUUUCAAACUGAGAACCACACCAUGAUGAAGGCCCGAGGAAGAUUGUGAAAUGGUCCUGACACCCAGCUGCCCACCCUCAAUAUGUGGGGAUGAGCCUCUCAUCUCAGAGUGAUAGGAACACCUUCCCCAAGUCUCUCCAGCAGCUUCAAACAGACUUUCCUAUCUGGCCUUCAGCCUCUUGGCCAAGUGAAGAGAGGUGGUCUCCAAGAUGGCAGAAAAGUGAAUGAUGAAACCGAGGGAAUAUCAGAGCCCACCAAGCUGGAUGGCGCACUGCGGCCCACAAAAUAGAAGCCAAUGAGGUUGACUUCCUUGGUGUCAAAUACACUUGGUAUAUAUCAACAUUUUCUAAGCCUUUUCUCACUGCCUCCAGAGAGGUGGGCAUCCCCUGUGGUCCUGGGUCAAGAAAUGCUGCUGCUGUGGGUAAAGGGUCAGAGUUAUAAGUCAGCAAAGAAGGCCUUUCAUCAACUGAUCUUUUAUUUAUUGGAGAUGGGCUUUGAGCAAGACAAUGCCAGUACGUGGUUCUCCACCAAGCUUCCCUGUGAUCUCCCCUCCCUUCCAUCCAUCAAUACUAAGGCCUCCUCCCAGAGUGUUCUCAAUGAGGGUGAAGGAGACACAGCAAGAACCCAGAGAUUGCCAGCAGGAUCCUGACCCUCCAUGCCCCACCAGUCUGAUCCUUUGUGCCUUUGCAGGACAGAGUGCUCACUCACCCAGCCCCUGGGGCAGCUGGCCACUCCUCUUGGAAGAACCCUUCAGAAACAUUCCAGAAGCCACUUUCAGAAAGGUCAUAUAUGGCAGUGGCCACAAAAUGUGUGUCAGUGGCCAACCUGCUGUGAGAUGAGGGCUCUGCGAAAACUAUAAUUGGCAACUGUUUCCAAAGCCACUAGACUUCUUUCCAAAGAUCUCCCUUAGGAAGGGAGGCUCCAUGCAAACUCACAGGCCAAGUUCAGCAUUUAAAAUGGUUCUGCUUGGGGAAUGUUUCCCUGCAACUAACCCUGGUCCUUUUUGCUGCAAUUUAAACAAAUUCUGAAAACACUGCCUUUAGCUGAGCUCUUGAACAAUGACUACAAACCCUCAGAUUCUGGAAGAUUGGUUGUCCUCCCAAGCCUUUAUUCUCUUAUGAUAUUGCUAUUAAUAUAUUACAGUUUUGCUACUGAUAAAACUU